UUACUAAUAAUUUAGUUUAGAUCCACUUUAACCCCUGGAUCUGAAUAAAACCUUACCUCAAUCCCAACCAGCUACAGUAAUAAAUCCCCUUUCUUUUUUCCCACCAGACCACAGUAUGCAGUCACAUUACUGAGUGAGUGAGUGAGUGAGUGAGAGAGUGAGAGAGAGAGAGAGAGAGGGGGAGGGGAGUGGAAGAGAAAGAGGGGCUGGAAAUGAGGAAGGAGAGAACGGGGAUGGGGAUCGGAAUGGGCCUCAAUCUCCUCCUCCUAGUGGCCAUGGUCGCCACCAACAUCCUCUCCCUCUACCACCUCUCGUCCACCCGCAGCAACUCCCCGCCUCCCCCCCAAACCCUAGAUCCCGCCGCCAACGACGUCCCCGACCACCUCCUUCAGCAGCUCCACACCAUCCGCGCCACCACCACCCACCUCAUCCGCCUCCGCUCAUCCCCAUCCUCCGCCUCGGGCUCGUCCUCCCCCGCCGCUGCCCCGCCGGAGCUCCUCCUCUACUCCCACAUCGGCCCCAUCGCCUCCGCCUGCUCCGACCACCCCGACCUCCUCCACCGCUACAUGAACUACACCCCCUUCGCCCCCUGUCCCCGCGACCUCCACUCCGUCGCCGAGCCCCUCCUCCUCCGCGGCUGCCACCCCCUCCCCCGUCGCCGCUGCUUCUCCCCUACACCACCGAAGCCACUUAACCCUUCGUCCCUCCCCUCCGAUCCCUUCCCCGCUUCCCUCCCCGACGCCGCCGUCCUCUGGCCCCCCGCCGCCCCCUGCCGCUCCUUCUCCUGCCUCCCCAGCUCCCUCGGCUUCGACCCCAAGACAGAAGCGUCCCGCUUUCUCCCGGCUAAGUCCGCCCUCGAUCUCCCCCUUCCCCAUCUCCUCUCCCUGGCCCGCUCCGCUGGCGCCGCGCCGAUCCGCCUCGCCCUCGACGUCGGAGGUGGCACGGGCACCCUCGCCGCCCACCUCCGCCUCCUUGCCAACGCCACCGUCCUCACCACCACCAUGAACCUGGGCGCCCCCUACAGCGAGGCGGCGGCGCUCCGCGGGGUCGUCCCCCUCCACGCGCCGCUCCAGCAGCGGUUCCCGGUCCAGGACGGGGUGCUCGACCUGGUCCGAUCCGGGCACGCCGUGAACCGGUGGAUCCCGGCGCCGGCAUUGGAGUUCCUGCUGUACGACGCGGACCGGGUGCUGCGGGCCGGGGGGUUACUGUGGGUGGACCACUUCUUCUGCAAGGGGGCGGAUCUGGACGCCGUGUACGCGCCGAUGAUCAGGCGGCUUGGGUACAAGAUCAUCAAGUGGGCAGUGGGGGACAAGACCCGCGCCGGCGGCCUACCCUACGACGAGGUCUACCUCACUGCCCUCCUCCAGAAACCACUGCCCGCCGCCGCCGUCAAGUCGUGAUCGGCGAUCGCCGGAGCUUGAAAACUCCAGAGAAUCUUAGGUCGCAUCAUUUUUCUUUUUUAAUUAAAAAGUGCGAAAAAAUUAAGGUUAAAAAAAAAAAAAAGUUGAUUAGAUCUCGGCGGAGGAGGAAGAAAGAGGUGACGGGGGGGGGAAAUCAUUGAGAUACCGCGUGGAGACGGGAUUGCUUUACAUGACCGAUAGCGGCGUGCCACCGCCCACCCAGAAAAGAAGACAAAAAAAGAUGAAAGGAAGCCACACUUUUUUUUUUCCAUCUAGUUUGGCAAGCAUUUGGGUUGCUAAUUGUUAUUUAGCAAAAUAACUUUGUGAGACUACUCAGUUGGGUGUAUGUGUAUAUCAUGAAGUAAUUGAUUAUUUUGUUUUGAUUAUUGAUAA